AGUCUGAGGUAAAAAUUCAUCCCUGAGUCCCACACAAGCCAUUCGCUGCUCAUAACUGCCGCUACCACUGCAUAUACUUAGUUGAAGGGGUUAAAGCACAGGGUUAUAGGCAGGAAUCUGCAUUCAGAUGGCAGCGCAGCGAGCGGCGAGGAAAACAAAGAUUCUAGUUUGUCUUGUGGAACAAAUAAAGCGAACUUUCAGCCAACAUCAUGUGACCGCCGGAGGCAAAACAGCAGGGGAAGUUUAAAGUGCUGUGGCGCAGUCUCCAUUGGAUUAAACAGAGAAAGUUCUUACUGAAGAGCUUCCUUUGCCGUAGAGGAUGAUAUGUGGAGGCUGUGGCCAUGAAUCAAAAGAUUCAACGCCGAAAUUCUGCAGUGAAUGCGGCCAACGCAUGGUUCCUCCUGUCGCCACUUUGGAAAAUCAAAGCAGAUCAGGUGAUUAUCUCAGAGACCCAGCACUGAAAUCAGCAGGAAAUGAGGACACCAAACCAGCACUUGCUUGUGAGAACAAAUCGAAGCCUGGAGAUGGCCCAAGUAUGGAAAUAUCCACUGCCACUGUCCCUGACGCUAGUGAGGUCUCUCAGAGUCACAAGAUAUCGCUCUCGUUACAGGAAAAGGAUGUGGCUUUCACAACCGAAAAACCAACAGAGGAUAAAACCGCGAGCUGUUGCACCUCAAUAAAUUCAGAGGCACCAAGCCCGUGCGGGUCUGGAGAUGACGGCUCUGCUGCAGAAACAGAAGAAGGGAAUAUGCUUAAAGACUGGGAAGUCAUCAAGGAGGAUGUUGAACAAUAUGAAAGUGCAGAGGAGGAUCAUCCUACCCAAGCAUGUGAGGAAGAUACGACUCAAGGAAAAGAGGAUUUGUUUUAUCAGCCAAAAGCCAAUGUUGAUGCAGAUAAAUCUGAAAACGACGACACUGACAGGGCUAACAAAACUGCUCAGAUGCAAACUACUCAACACCUUCUAUCCCCACACCCCUCUGAUUCAGAUGGGGAGCAAAGAAGAACAGAUAGUGUUACACAAAUAGCCCAAAACAUUGGAAACUUCAGACAAACUUCUGUAACAGGGAGUGCUAGUAAUGAAAAUGUAGAGGAAAGUACCACAAGAAACAAAGUAGUAACAGGCAAGAACAAAGAGAGUAAUGGGAAGGCGUUUGGAAAAAGUACAAGCAUGGAAAGUUCUGGAACAAAGCAGGAAAACAGCAAUUUAUGGCAAAAAGAUAAUGGCCCUGAUGGUGGUAGGAUGGAAUAUUCUACAGCUCUAGGCUCUUUUAGUAGAAAUGUUAAAAGUGAGGAAGAAACUAAUGAUCAUGCAGAGGAAAGCCUAAAUGAUGUGCCGUGCCAACCAGAUACGAGCAAUAAUUCAGAAGAAGGGCUCAAGUUACAAAAAUAUGACAAUAACAAAACUAAGAAGACCUCAGAAAGCCACAUAGCUCAUAAACCUGAUACAAUUAGAUCGGAAGGAAAGGGAGCAGGUAAUGCAAAACCAACCCAAAGCAGUAAGGGCGCCAGAGAGACAACCCAAGGCAAGAGUUCUGGUAGCCAUAACCCAAAGGAAAGCACCGAUAGAAAUAGGCCAACUGGCGGGAGAGAAAGCCCCAUGGAUUCUUCUAAAAAUAAGGCAGGUGUAGGAAAUGCUUCCAAAACCAAGCAGGGAAGCACUAAACCACAAACUGGUGAUCCAACUAAAGAUGGAAGAGGCAGCUCUAGAACCCCUACUCCAGACUCAUGGACCUCUAACACUGUGGAGGAACGGAACCCAAAGUUAGAAAAUGAGAGCUAUUUGACUACUGGGGGCCAAGAAAAAGCAAAAAAGGGAGCUAAGAAAGGGAAACAGAAGAAAUCACAGGAACAAAUGAAAGAUAUAAGCGGGCCUUCAUCGAACAGAGAAAAGCCUGUGAAAGGAGGAACCACAAGAUUUGGGGAUCCAUCAGAUCUUAUUUCUGUCUAUUUCCACGUCCUCGUUUCCAAAGACUUUAAACUCAACCAAGACAACGCUGUGAUCGUGAGAGCUGCCUACUUGGAAGGGUACUGCAACUGGUAUGACACGGUGUGCCACCUGAAUUUUUCAAGGGACUACAAGGGUAAUUUGCUGUAUGAAGGCCACACUGAAAUUUCCAAGAACAACCUGGGUAAAAACAUUCCAUACAAGUACGUCAUUUGUCAUGGAAAGAAAGAGGAAUACGAGUUCAUUUACAAGAGUGACUGUAAAGCUGAUGUAGCUGUGAAUCGCUGCCUCUACAUUCCAUCAAACCUUAUCAGCCAGAGAGAAUGGCACCAAUACGACGACAUGUGUAUGAAGCACGACACAGGAUUUUUGAAUACAAUGUUCAGUUAUAUAGGAUGGAACAAGUCUCCCAUUUUUGAAGGGAAGAAAAAGGCAGGAAAUAUCAUGUUGGAUGGAAUCUUUAGUCUUCUCACUGCCUGUGACUCCAAGAACUUGUCAAGUUUUCUUAAUCAACUCCAUCAGUUUUAUUAUGUUUCAUCCCACUCAAUGGUGUUUGAAGAUGGACCCACGCCCUGGAGAUCUCAUGGGUUUGGAGAGAAGGAGCUGAAUAGUCUAAUAAUGGAAAAGCUUUGCCAACAUUUCAUCAAUAAGAAUUUAGCAGCAGCAGAGGAUGCCAUUAUAAAAGACAGGCUGGUGGCUGGAUUGCUCUGCGCCAAACUGAUAGAAACCUACCAGCUUCCUGCUGACAGGGAUUCCCUUGUAAAGAUCUGCAGGCUUCUCUCUUUGGAGCAGAUGAUUAACAGAAACCUACCCAUCCAACUUGAGGAACUGAAACAAAUCUUCUCAGUCUAUGAAGGAACAGAAUAUUCCUUGAAACAAUUCUGCAUCAGAUGCAUUGAUAGUGAAAUUAAAGACUGGGUUGAUAUACUGCCUGUUUAUCACGCAUUAAAUGCUCCGGCUAAUGCAGAGGAUUCCACACAACUGAAGCAAGAAGAAAACUGGGCAGGUUUGGACGGACUCCCAUAUCAAACAUUUGUGAUAUGGUCUCAGUUUUACAACAGAGAUGUCCUUACACACAUGAGGCGGGAGGAGAGUUUGCAGCCGGCAGGCAGAACCUUGCUCAGAUCUUGGCUGUGCCUUGUGCCACUGGAGAACCUGUCUACGUUUUUGGGGAAAUUUCGCACCGAUUUCCGAGAUGCUUUUACCGCCUCCUGGUACAAGAUUCAAAAGCAAUCCUCGAGCAGCAAAGAUAAGCAUAUUGAGAAUGUUCUAAACAAACUUCUGGAAAUGACGGAUCAACUUAGUCAAAAGUCACUGCAAAAGGACUCCAUAUACUUGUGUAAUAUCAGUUUGAAAAUUCACCAUUUAAUCUGCAUUCAAACUGAGCUGAAAAGAAACAAUCAUCUCCCACCUCUAUCUUUUAAGAUCCUACUAAAGCUUUUUGGAGCUGCAGGGAAACAGGACUCAACAAAAGGGAGGGAGACAAGUUUUUCUGAAGUACAAAGCAAUUUACACAAAGCUGUUGAGAUGACUAAAACAUGGCUGAAAGACUGUUUUGGACAUAAAUUUAAUUUUAGUCGCUAUAUGUAUCCAACAUUUAAGGAUGAGCUCAAGAUCUGGAAUAGCCUUCUUGAAAAUGAAGAAGCUACGGACCUCAAGUGGAAAGAACUGUUCCUCUCAGAUCUAGCCAGAAAAAUUAAGGAGGAAAGUCCUGUGGAACAAAUAAAAAUCUACUGCAAGGAACACUCAGUGUUGCAAGAUCUUCACAUCUCCAUCGGGGAAUGCUUUGAGGAAUGCGCCAUUAAUGCUGUUUAUAAUGCCUAUCAGUCUCACGACAACGUUCUCAACCAAAUCUCAAUAAACAGUCUGCAAAAUUUUACAAAACUGGUAUCGACAAUUAUAAGGAAUUCCUGGCCGAAAGACAAGCAGGGAAACCCAACUGAGAACUAUAAGGAGAUUUUGAAGCACAUGUUGCACUGGAAGGAUUUCACUCAUAUAUUCAAACUAUAUGAUCCCAACCAACCAGUUGCUUCUCAGUUUGUAGAAGAAACACAAAAGCUUGUUGCUUUGUCAGACUCAGUCCUUCUUGACACUGUUGCCAACCUAAUGCAUGGAGAUAUUCUAUACGAACACCUUAAGUUGAUACUGGACCGUGAGAAUCAGUUUGUGGCUAUAUGUAGACUCAGAUUAAGCAAAGGAGAAGCCAUUAAGGUAGAAGAUGUUAAGAAAGUUCUGGGUUGGAGGAACGAAGAGCUAAAAAAAGUCGACUGUAAGAAAACAUGGUUGAAAAACUUGCUAAAAACUUGCCAGGACAUCAGCAAGUCUGUCCGAGUAAAUACUGAGGAAAUUCAAAAAAUCCUUUCUGUUAAUUUGGGAUCACAAAAAUUAAGUGAUUUAUUACCCGUUAAGACACUGGGUGCUACUGAACCUCCUGAAGACACAGUGACAUUGUUUAGCAACCUUAGUUUAACUUUAAUGUCAAUGGCCGAGAAUCUUCAGACCCACCUGCACAGCCAUGUUUUCCGCAACUUGUGGAAAGAGGCCGUCAGCUCCUUUUCAAAGACACGUUGUUCGGAUGAAAAUUUAGAAAGCGAUGAUGAUGAAAGUGAUGAUGAUGAAAGCGAUGAAGAUGAUGAACUUACUCUGGAUGAAAUGGAGGACUCCUUGUUCACGCCAUGUUUUAAUGAAUACACCAAGAUCUAUGAAGACAUCAGGUCUGAAGAAGUGACAUUUGAAGUCCUGGACACAUAUUUCAAGACUUUCAAAAAGCGUUACCAAGUCCUGCAUAAAGAACUACAAACCAUGCGUCAGUUAGAUCUAGAGGAUAAUGGUUUAUGGAUCAAGGGCCGAAUAAGGAAGAUUGAGCAGUACCAUGAGCUGUGUGAGGCCUUCGAAUCAGCCCAGAUUGUUGAUGACAUCAGAAAUUUCUGUAAACUUUCAGGAGAUUUUGAGACCUUGAACACUCUGCAACAAUUUGGUGUUGGCUUUAACGACUACAAGCAGAAGCCAUUAUCUUUCAUCACCGAAGACAUUGUAAAGACAAAGGAAGCUCUUUGUGAGAUAACGAAUGAGCGCGCCGAGGCACUGAAGGAGGCUUUAAUGAGAAAGGAAUUUAUAAAGUGGGUUCAAGACUCACUAGAAGAUGUCAAUGAGCUGAAGGUGUUUGUGGAUCUGGCCUCCAUCUCUGCCGGUGAGAAUGACAUGGAUGUUGACCGCGUUGCUCAGUUCCACGAUGCAGUUUUGGGCUACGCCCCCAUUUUGUAUGAACUCAAAACAGAAUUUGGAUUCAGUGAAUUAAUGUUGUGCUUGCAAAAACUUUGGAAAGCCCUGGAAAGUGACCCAAAUCUGCACAAAAAGCUGAGGGACUCUGCCCGUCACAUAGAGUGGCUGAAAACAGUAAAGGAAAGUCACGGAUCUGUGGAACUCUCCUCGCUAUCUCUGGCUUCUGUUAUAAACCAAAGAGGCGUCUACAUCAUUCAAGAACCCAAAGAGAACCAAAAGAUUACCCCAGACAAUGUCCUGAGACUAGAACUGCCUGAUGAAGAUCAGGAACAGCACCAGGUUCGCACCUAUAAUCUAGAAGAACUGAAGGAGCUGUUGAGCAAGCUCAUGCUUAUGUCUGGGAAAGGGGAGCAGGGCAAUGCUGAAGUUGAAAAGUUUUCAGAGAUUUUCUCCAAUGUUCAGAGACUUGUCAAGGCCUACAUUGACCUCUGCUUGUCUGGAGACAUUCUAUUCAAAACUUGGGAAGCCACUAUCUAUUGCUCGGAUGACAGUAACAUUGCAAUUCGGAUGAAAUUCAAAGUAACAGCCAUUGGGGAGAUAGAAUCAUCAGGAAAUAUUUCUGAACUGCUUCCCAAAAUCUGCCAAACAAUGGAAGACUUAUUAGAAAAAAGGCAAGUUUUUAUGGAUGAAAAACGGUUUCUCCAUUAUUUCCUAAAUUACUACACAGCAGAGCAGCUGGUCUUCCUUAGCCAGCAGAUUCAGAAGCCUGAUGUUAGUGAAGAGCUGCUUGUUAUGUUAUCUUUUAUCAAGCCCGAGUGUACAAAAGCUGAUACCCAGGAUGCUUUAUUAGCUGCACGGAGGAAAGGUUCAUCAAAGCUCGCCACGUCUAAUAAUUCUGCUUUGUUUAAAUUUAAAAAAUCGACUGAUGUGCAAGAGAAACUACAGAUUGCUUGGAAAUACUCCAUGGACUGCAUGAACAAUUUGUUUCCGGGAUGCUUGGAUAUAAAUACACUGGGAAGGUGCUUAACUGAACUGGCAAAAAAAGAAAAGAGUCUGGUGACCAGAAGUCUCCAUCCCAGUCUGAAGCCUGGAUGUCCCAAUUUGGUACUCUGUGCAUCAUCAGAGAUUCUACCUUCGGCUCUGGCUGUAUAUAUGCAGAAUCUAAACCAGCCGCUUCCAUCUUAUGAUGAAGUGCUUCUCUGCUCACCUCAAACUACUUACGAGGAGGUGGCAUUAUUUUUGAGAAGAUGCUUCACACCGGGCUACAGCGGGAAGAAGAUUUACAGUUUGCUGUAUGCAGACGAGCUUAGCUACGAUACAGCCUAUAGAGCUGAACAGCUGUUUUACCAACUGCAAAAAAACAAAGGCCUCGACUACUACCUCGUGAUUAUCUGCAACCGUGAGAGACAUCAUUUGCAAAUACCAUCUACCUUCAGCCAAUACAAAGUGCAAGUUGUCCCUCAGAAACCAUUUGUCGACGUUCAAAAAUAUUUAUUGCAGCAUUUUACUAUUGAACCAAAUGCCAUCUCUGCUGCCUCAGUAUUUAAAAGAGGUGUUAGUGUCGGAAUAGUGACCUCCAAACGAGCAGGAGUUGGAAAGUCACUCUAUGUAAAGAGACUAUAUGAAAGGCUAAAAUUGGAAUUUCCGAAUGAAAAGCCUCUCUACAAUAUAAUCCGAUUGUUUCAGCCCCAGGUGGAUGAGAAUAAAGUUCUGCAGAAGCUUCUUCCAUUUCUAAACAAGGAACACAAAAACAUUCCCGUAAUAUUUCAUAUCGACGUCACUUCUUCUGUUAAUAGUGGAAUAUCAGAGUUUCUUUUUAAACUUUUGAUUCUCCAAUAUUUAAAAGAUGAUGAAGGCAGAAUGUGGAAGCGCCAGGCUUGUCAGCUUUACCUUAUUGAGAUCUUAGAAUCUUCUUGCGUCAUUUCUGAGAAGCAAAAAAAACCUUCGUCUCAAGUGAUGCAGAACAUUUUUAUGGACUUUUUCCCUAAAAUAUCCUGCUGUUCUCCAAAUGAGGUGCUGACGAAAAUGAUGGAAAAUCAGACUGGACAAAAUGAAGAUCCGGGAAUGGACAAGAAGGAAUUUGAGAGUGAAUGUUUUCAGCGGCCUUUUCAGUAUUUGAUACGGUUUGAAGGGAAACAAAGUCUGGAUAAAUUUACAUACAUGAAAGGUUCAGUAGAAGGAAAUGAGGCAAGAUGUUUGCAGUUGUUCCUUUUGCACUGUGGGGUUAUGGACCCAUCAUGGGCAGAACUUCGAAAUUUUGCAUGGUUCUUAAACGUUCAAUUGAAAGAUAGUGAGAAUUCUGUUUUCUGCAAGCCAGAAUUUGUGGAAGAUGCAAUGCAAGGUUUCAAGAAUUUUGUAGUGGACUUUAUGAUUUUGAUGGCAAAAGAUUUUGCAACCCCUUCAUUACAGAUUACUGACGAGAGUCCAGGCAGACAAACUUGUGAAGAAGCCUGUGCUAAUGAUGGAGACCUUGCUCCAUUCCAGAUACGUAAGAAAUGGGAAUCGGAGCCACAUCCCUACAUUUUCUUCAAUGAUGACCGCAUGACAAUAACAUUUAUUGGUUUUCACUUGCGCCUAAACAGCACUGGAAAUGUUGAUGCUAUAAACCCAAGAGAUAAUAGCAUUAUAAAGAAAAAUAUUAUGACAAGACAACUUUACCGAGACUUAGAGAAUCAAAGAGUUCAGUUUAAUAUAGACUUUGAUACCCUACCGAGGGAGGAGAAGAUAACUAUGUUAUCCAGAGUUUUGGGAAUAAAUAAACCACAGGAUCCAGAUGAAACGUAUGAGCUGACUAUGGAUAACACACUGAAGAUUCUGGCUGUUACAAUGAGGUUCCGAUGUGGAAUUCCGGUUGUCAUUAUGGGAGAAACAGGGUGUGGAAAAACCAGACUCAUCAAGUUUAUUUGCAAAUUAUGGAAAGGGAAUCUGAAUGCAGAAAAUAUGACAUCUGCUGCAGAAAAUAUGAAACUUGUAAAGGUUCAUGGUGGUACAAGUGCUGAGAUUAUUUACAAAAAUGUGCUGGAGACACAAACCAUUGCCCUCGCUAACAAACAAAACAAAUGUGAUACAGUGCUGUUUUUUGAUGAAGCAAACACAACUCAAGCCAUAAGCAGUAUCAAAGAGGUCCUGUGCGACCACACUGCAGAUGGCAUGCCUUUAAUCGGCAACUCGGGUCUACAAGUCAUCGCUGCAUGUAACCCCUACAGGAGGCACACAGAAGAAAUGAUCACACGACUGGAAUCUGCUGGUUUAGGGUACAGAGUAAAAGCCGAUGAAACUAAUGAACGACUGGGGUCCAUUCCAUUAAGACAAUUAGUUUAUCGUGUUCAUCCAUUGCCUCCAAGUAUUAUGCCUCUAGUUUGGGAUUUCGGUCAACUAAAUAACGAAACGGAAAAGAAAUACAUUCAACAGAUAGUACAGCAUUUGGCAAAUGAGACUGAAAUGGAUCAGAGGGAUAUACAGCUAUUGACCAAUGUGCUUUCGGCUUCUCAGUCAUAUAUGAGAAAUAGAAGUGAUGAAUGCAGCUUUGUAAGCCUCCGAGAUGUUGAACGUUGUGUAGAAGUGUUUAAAUGGUUCUACCGCAAUAGUGACCUAUUGCAGGCGAAUAUGGAAAACAUGUUUCCCAGGUAUGAAAUACAAAAUAAAAAGGCGUGGUCUCUUGUUCUGGCCAUUGGGGUAUGUUACCACGCCUCAUUAGAGAAGAAAGAUGCUUACAGGAGGGCAAUUUGCCAAUAUUUUCCUGGUCUCUACAGAGACCAAAAAGCAAUCCUAGAGGUAAUAACAGGUAUCCAGGACCUCUUUUUAGAUCGUAUACACCUAAGAGACAACAUUGCCAAGAAUCUUGCUUUGAAGGAAAAUCUUUUUAUGAUGGUGAUUUGCAUUGAACUCAGGAUCCCAUUAUUUCUUGUUGGGAAACCUGGAAGCUCUAAAUCCCUUUCAAAGACCAUAGUUGCUGAUGCUAUGCAAGGCCAAGCAUCGCACACAGAACUGUAUAAACAUCUUAAGCAAAUCCACCUUGUGUCUUUCCAGUGUAGUCCUCACUCAACUCCAGAAGGCAUAAUUGGCACUUUCAGGCACUGUGCCCGUUUCCAGAAAGACAAGAACCUACAUGAAUAUGCAUCUGUGGUGGUGCUAGAUGAAAUAGGGCUGGCAGAGGACUCUCCUAAAAUGCCUUUAAAAACACUGCAUCCUUUGUUGGAGGAUGGUUGCAUAGAUGAUGAGACAUCACCUUACAAAAAAGUUGGCUUCAUAGGAAUUUCUAACUGGGCACUAGAUCCUGCAAAAAUGAAUAGAGGCAUAUUUGUAUCCCGUGGAGACCCUGAUCAGAAUGAGCUCAUUGAAAGUGCAAAGGGAAUCUGUUCGUCUGAUGACUUGAUCAUCAAUGAUAUUGAUCAUCAUUUCAAAAAAUUUUCUGAUGCAUAUCUAACACUGUGUGAAAUGCAAGAUAAAGAAUUCUUUGGUUUACGUGAUUUUUACAGUUUGAUUAAAAUGGUUUUUGCCUUUACGAAGCACUCGAAAAAUGAACCAACACAAUGUGAGAUUGCCACAGCAAUACUGAGGAAUUUCAGUGGGAAGGAUGACUUGGACGCCUUGAGUAUUUUUAUAUCAAAUCAAGAAGCAAACACAUAUAGGGAGGAAAUUAAAAUAAUGGAUUUGGUAAUGGAGAACAUAAGAAAUGAGAGUGCUGAUAUAGAGUCUCGAUACCUGCUGUUGUUAACUAGAAAUUAUGCAGCACUACAGAUUCUCCAGCAAACAUUGGCUAAAGAAAACCAACAUCCUGAGAUUAUCUUUGGGUCCAGCUUUCCAAAAGACCAAGAAUAUACUCAGAUCUGCCGAAACAUCAACCGUGUUAAAAUCUGUAUGGAAACAGGACAGACAGUUGUCCUUCUUAAUCUCCAAAAUCUUUACGAGAGUCUCUACGAUGCAUUAAAUCAAUAUUAUGUCUAUCUAGCUGGCCAGAAAUAUGUUGACUUGGGUCUAGGUACACAUCGAGUAAAAUGCAGGGUCCACCCAAAGUUUAGACUGAUAGUCAUUGAAGAGAAAGAAAUUGUAUACAGAGAAUUCCCAAUUCCUCUUAUUAACAGACUUGAGAAACAUUAUCUGGACCUUAACACAGUUCUAGAGAGAAGACAAAGACUAACUGUAAAGGAACUGAAUUACUGGGUUCAAGAUUUCACUGCUGGAGACAAAGAACAACUUAUUGGGCAGAAACAGGACUAUCAACCUGCAGAUGUCCUCAUUGGUUACCACUCCGACACCUGUGCAUCAGUGUUGUUACAAAUAACAGGGAAACUGAAAGAAGAAUACUGUGAUAAUGACCUAGAAGUAGCAGACGUAAAAGAGGAGGCAAAGGCUGCUUUGCUGAACUGUGCAACACCCGAUGCCGUCAUUCGACUGGGCAGAAACGAGUUGGUCGAUGAGUACUUCAACAAACAGAAGCAUGGGUCUCUAGUUGACUUUGUUAAGAGCCACAUUCAUUCAGGAUCCAAACAUCAAACUGUAUUUACAGAGAUCACCACAUUCUCACGACUUUUGAUGUCAACCGACAAAAGGAUUUUGGAAGCCGAGACAAAGGAUGACGUCGAAAGUGUGGAGGUUCUGUCUUUGCAGCAGUUUGAUACGGAACAUUCUUUCCUGAAAAAAAUCAAGAGUUUUCUCAAAGGAUCCACUGGUAAUAAAAUACUGAUCAUACAGACAGACUUCGAGGAUGGAUCUCAAGGAGCCCAUUUAGUUGCUUCAGCUAAGUACGCCACUGUAAAUGAAAUAAACAACCUAAAGAAAGCCAACACCGAAGAGACGUCGACCUUUGUCUAUUUUAUAACUAAACUUCCGAGAGUACAAGGAGGGUCAUCCUAUGUGGGAUUCCAUGGAGGACUUUGGCAAUCUGUUCAUAUUGAUGACUUAAAGGAACCAAGCGACAAGUUGCCAGAUGUUACUGCCCUUCAAAAUACGACAAUAAGCCAGUUAUUUUAUGGAGCCACAGUUGAAUCACAGUUAAGAGAGAUGGAUGGUAUGGAAGGUGACCCAGACGCUAGUUAUGACAUUGAACCAAACCAGAUACCAGAGGUAGUCAACACCACCUUUCUCAUUCGAAGCUGCGUUCAGAGCGCAGUGGGUAUGCUUACGGAUGAAGAGCACAUUCCUAGCCGCAGCACAAGGAGGAUUGAAAUACUGGUUAAUCUACUGAGCACUGAGGAUGAAGUAAGAGCUUCCCUUCUACAAAUACUGAAAGUUCGCAUUUAUGAAAUUCUGAAGAACCAGGAAGAGAAUUCGUAUAACCCAAAUGAGUGGCUCAUAAGGGCCGCCUCCAACCUUGAGGCAUUGCAAGAAGCCGGCACAUUCAGAUAUACUCUUUGGAAACGUAUCCAAGCUGCCGUGACCCCAAUAUUCGCUCAUUUCAUUUGGCUGAUGGACUGCGAUGCCAACCUGGAGAUCCUGGUGAACCCACAAACUGAGGACUUUCUGAAAUCUUUAUGGAUAUACAUUUUCAAAAACAAAAAUCUUCUAAAUAUUUCCAGCAGACUUGGUAAUAAUAGUUCUCAGACACUAAAGGCAACUAAUUACAUGAACCUGUUGUAUUGUGAGGGAAAUUCAGUUCCAUUCAGCUGGAGAAUUAAGGAUUAUCUGGAAGAAAUUUCCGCACAAGCUCAGUACAUCAAUAGUGUAGAAGGUCCGGAGAUGAAGUUUGUUAAUAUGUUUAGCAAAGGGCCUUUGGGGCAGUAUAUAUGUAACAUGGAGGAAAAUGACCAACAGAAGCUGUUCCAGUACUACAAACGAGACUUUUUGCUUCUGACUGUGAAUAUAUCCUCCAGGGAGGAACUCAAGUUUUUAGAGAUUUCGCUUUCCGCUUGUAUUGAUGAAUUUACAAGAAAUGAAGACGUGGAAGAGCUGACACUCCCAUGGGUGCAUCUCGCUUAUCACCAUUUUCAGCACAGGUUCCAGAUAUUUUCUAGGAUUGUAGCGAUUAGCCCACCUGCUCUGGAGAGGAUGAAUGAGGCAUUCGAAGAGAUAGAAGACAUUCUAACCAAUCAGAUGGCUAUUGAUAUAUGUGCUGGAUUUGAAUGCUUAGACAUUUUGGAAGCCACCAUUCUGGACCCGAACCCUCAAGCUUGGUUGAAUGAAGUAAAAAACCUGCAGCUGCCAAUUGAACUCAUUUGCUCAGAAAAAUAUUUAGAAGGGGGCAGUGACUGGUGCACCCAAAAAGUUGAGGAAAUCCGGACCAAUUGGCAUUGUAUCUAUGCCAUGGCAUUAUUUACAGAACAUGUCAUUUUGGAUGAGAAUCUGCAGAACCCAGAGACCCAGCAAAGACUUAAAGAGCAAACUAUUAUGUUUGGCCAGCGAAUCAAAGGCUUUCCUGAAAUAAAGUCACUUGAUCCUUAUAAGGCAGUGAUUGAGGUUCUUCAGAUGAGCAGAGAGGCAGUAGCUGGAUCGCUUUCCAGGGAAGACAAUGUUCAGUUUCAGCAAAACUGCAAUGGAUUCUUCAUUGACAUUCUAUGUACUCGGUUCUUUGAAGGCAACUCUCCCCCAGACAAAGAAGUUGUUCAAAAGCUGCUUUCUUCUCUUUUCAUAACUGGUUCAGAGAACAAUACAGACCUGUCACCUUUUACUGCUGGAAAUAAUGAAAACCCUGCCAUCCGAUCUGUGAUCCUGAAGAUGCUCCUCAAGUACAGCUUUGAAGAAACACAGAAAUAUAUUCAGGACCACUUAAUCAGAAUGCAAGGAAGCAACCUGGCGGCAGAAAUACACGUGCUUUUUAUCAACUGCCUUGAGGACUGUAUGUAUGAAAGAUUCCAAGCUCUGCGGGAGGCAGACAAAUUGCUUGGUCUUAAAGACCAAGGUAAAUUUCUGGAAGACUUCCUGCAAAAUGGCCGCCAACCCAAUUCCCUGGAGACUGUGGUUGGGUUCCUACAAGAUCUUGCCAGGGUUAGGUUUGCCCUGAAUGCGGCAGUGGAACUGCUCUCUGAAACAGACAAUGUUGUGAACGAGAAGAGGGAAUUUCUCCAAAAUGUACAGAAUUUAUGUGAACGGUCAGCGAAUGACUGGUACCGAGUGUAUUUGAUCCGCAAGAUGGGAAAUGAGUCAGGAAGUGAAUAUGUCCAAAAACUUAGUAAGGAUGAAGGGUUCAGAUGGUUAUUCCCACAUCAAAUCUUUGGGGAAAAGGAGAGCAGCACUAACCAGCUCGACCGAUUUUUGGUGCAUAAGGACGGUUACAGGGACUUAAGAGAAGGUGUUGGAGAAACCGUUGUUUCAAGAAAGGAGGAAAGUCUUCAGCAAAGACUGGAGUUGAGUGAAAGUUCUGCCCAGGAACAAGCUGUUUACCUGCUCCUCGCCAUUUUCAGCGAAGUAACGAUGAGAUACAGAGAUAGAAACAGGGCCGUCGCUCAUGAUGAGACUGAUAAUUUAAAGAAUUUCAUUGAAAAUGCCAACAUUCUCCAGGAACAGUCUAUUCAGCAAUUUGCCCAAUCCCUGCUAAGGAACGGCCGGCCCUUAGCGAGAGUUGCUCCCGACAUGACAAGUUCUCAGUACGCCAUAGUGUCCCUGGCUGUACAUCUUGGCGCGGUGCUACUGAGCGGAGAUAAUGAUCUGUUUAAGCCACUGAGGAAUUUGGCCUUUUCCCCUGAUAGAAUGCAGCAAUCAUACCUGCCAACAAUGCCACAGGACAUGCUAACCAAAGCUAGAGAAGUAUUGGGAGCUGAAACUUGGUAUGUGUGCGACAACAACCAUUAUGUUCCAGUUCCCGGAUGUGGGAUGCCGAUGAGCUACGCCAGGUGCCUGGAAUGUGGAAUUGAACUGGGGGGCACUGACCACAAAACAUUUAUAGGGAUGAGGAAGCUUGAGCAGGACAUUGACGAGACAGGACAUAUUUUGGGAUCACCAGAGACUCCAGUGUCAGUUGCAGCAGAAGACAGAGGCAUGACUCCACCUGUUUUUAACGUAUUGCGGCUGUUGGCCCACCUGGCGAUAUUACUGGGGGCGGAACAAAAUCUAGAGAACGUGAGGACCCUCGUGAAACCAGGGGUGGGAGAUAUCGGGACGUUCCUUUUCCGGCAUCUAGAGAAAAACCUAGAACAAGUGAAGAACUCCCUAGGGGAAAGCGUGGAUAAUACGGCCACUGUACUCCAUCUUGUUCUCUGCAGGAUGCUCACUAUUUCCAUUAAUCAACCUGACCAGCGUCUUUUGCCUUUUGAUCAUACUCUGUCGACAAAGGACGUGAGAAGCAACUGGGAGAGAAAUAUGGCGGCAUCGGUCAUUGUUCCUGUGCUUACGAAUUUAAACCAUGAUCUUGGUGACGUCAAUAAUUACAUUAGGAACGAUGAGAGAAUAAGUUCCGACCCAAUAAUCAGAAUCAUAUAUGGGGAUCCGUUGCGUAACAAUGAUAUUGUGGCACUGCCAAUACAUGGACUCAUUCCCUACCCCAAAAUAUGGAGCUGCAGGGCAAGAAUCACUGUUGGGCAUCUUCAGCAUUUGGUUCAGCAGAGGGAUGGGGGGAACAAUCUGCCAAUGCUGUCAACGUUUCUGGAGAAUGAAAGUGAACUCCGCCUGGUUAAGUUCCUACCAGAAAUCUUAAAUCUUCAAAAAGAGUUGGUGAAAAGAUUCCAGAAUUUCCGAGAUGUGAGCAACCAGACAAUUGGGGAAUUUUUAGCCAGCAUAACUGUUGAUGGUGCUCGACGUGUGUUUGAGAAGAGAAUACAAACCUUCCUAUUUACAUGGAACUGUCUAAGAAAUUCUCUUCUUAUGAAAGGGGAAAUAAAACUCCCAGAAGAAGCCUGUGCCAAUGACCUUACCCCAGCGAGUGAUUUUGCCAUUCUGCUUCCUAGUCGGCAAGGACAGGGUCUCUGUGCCACAGCCUUGGUCAGCUAUCUCAUCGCUCUGCACAACAGCCUGGUUUAUGCUGUGAGGCGCUUCACCAGAGAUGAGCAGACAUACUCUAUUGGGGCAGCUGAAGUCAUGGACCUACAUGUGAUCAGUUAUGAGGUGGAAACCGAUCUGAUGCCAAUAAUUCUGUCCAACUGCCAACACAACACCCAGAGUGAUGGGAAAGCCUUAGAGGAGAUUGAUCUGCAAAGGAUCCAGCGUCAGAUCAUUAGCCGUUUUCUCCAAGGCAAACCUCGUAUUACCCUUGCGGGGCUGCCCACCAUUGUCCACUCCCAAGAUCGCAACUAUGAGAACAUAUUUAGAGAUGUGAGGGCAAAAGUCUUACAGGAACCUCUGCUAGAUUCGGUGAUAGAAAACAUAAGCAAAGAUCUGGAUUUGUACAGCGAUGUCUGCGAUGCGCUUCAAAUCAUUGAGACAAUGUUGGGGUUCUUAGCAACGUCUGGGGGCAAUCCAGAUCUCCCGCUGACCGCUUAUGUAGAAGAUGUCCUACAGAUGAAGGAUCAGAGCGAAGAGAACAUCCUGGAGGCGCUGAAGCAGUGUCAGUUGAAGCACACAAUCUCACUAUGGCAGCUUCUCACCGCAUUACAGUCCGAGCAUCGCAUACGCCUUAAAAACGAUCCAUUUGCAGAUCUGGAUGAAGGGUAUAAGCAGGAAUUAGAUGAGGAGAGCCAGAAGCUCCUGACUGCGUUCUUGGCGCAACAUGGACUCAAUGUCUUCCUUCUGGAAUUACAUGAAACGAUCAUCUUAAAGCUCAAGAAGCAACGUGGGGCCAAUGAUUUCCCACCUGCAUGGGGGUUAAGAGACGUUCUGGGCCCAUUGCUUGAUGGGAAAGAGCAACCAUUCCCGGCGCUGGAGGAGGAUUUCCCAGAACAGAUCUGUUUGGCUCACUGUGCCGAGAGUUGGAAGGUGGCGGCCGCCAUGAAGUGGAAACGCCAUUGAUGUUAUACAAACACAUCCAAGUUAACAAUAGAAUGCAAUAAUCAAAAUAAUACCCUUUUUACUUUUAUAUCUGAAAUGUAUAUAUCUUCUGGUCUCUGGGGUCAAUGAUUCUAGUAACCAGUAAGAAGAUGUAUUAUGGUUGUUAUCUUUAUGUUUAAAUACUCUCUUCUGUACUAUCA